AUGUUCAAAGCCCUUCUGGGCGGGGGCCGCUCAUCCUCCGAUGUCCGCAGCUCCUCAAGCUCCAAAAGUAGUAGUAGCCGGCGCAGAACCGACUCGAAGUCUUCUACAGUGAGCCGCAAGUCCUCACGGGGUGACGACCGUGACCGUGGCUUGGGUGACCUGUCAAACUACCGAUCCUCGAGCAGUCGGACCAAGCGUUAUGCGCCGAGCCUGGCGGGUGAGUCGGUAGCUUCGAGCUACGCGACGGCAGACCAGGGCACUCCCGUCGAGCCUGAUCGCUUCGUGACGGAACGCGCGCCCAGACGUCAGGACUCUGACGACACCAUCCGUCGCGAUCGAUACCGAGACAUUGGCGAUGAAGAGGGGAAGAGCUCCCGCCGGCGCGAGCGAGUACGAUCGCCGAGCCGGGAGCGUGAGCGGACCAGGACAGAUCGCGUCGGCGAGGCCAUCGCUCGCGACCGUGAUGGUGAGCGGCCUGAACGGCGACGUACUCAGUCGGGCGAUAUGUACUCCUCACCAGUGCCUAUGGGCAUACCUGCCUCUGGGCCUGAGGGUAGCUUUGCCAUUGCGGGUUCUCAUACAUACCCUCCAGGUGCUGAUGCAACGCCAACCACCUCAAUGCCCAGCCCACCACAUGCGACCGCGUUUUACGAUCCUCAUGUACCCCAACAGUUUCCCGGCCAAUUCCCUACAUAUGUUGCUGAACCUUACCGACCGCCGCAUCCUGCAGGUGAAGCAGCCGAAUACUAUGGUGACCAGGGACAGUCUGUUCAAGACCAGCCAGGCGUCCGGCCUAAACCUCCAUUGGUGACCCCCAGCGACCAAGCGCAUUUGAUGUCAGCUUCUCCGGUAGCAAACCCGCCACCCGAACCUAGUAGCAUGGGGCAGGUCGGCGCCGCAGCAGCCUACUACACGGACGAUGCUGAUUUGGGGAUCGAACAAAUUGAACAGCCAUCUUCUACCUCUGCUCCCAAGCCGCCAAAGCCAGCGAAACCGUCGAAACCAUCCGUACAGACGAGUGGGAUAUCUGGACUACCCACUGGGGUAGCAACAAUGGCGCCGGCGGCAGCAGCCACGGAGCUUUCAGAGCACACCACCUCAGAGUCCCCUUCAACUUAUGUGCCGCCCAGCGUAUCGAAUCCCCAGGAACCUUCUCAAUCUCAGGGAGUGGAUGCCGCAGUCGGCGCUGCAGCAGCAGGUGCAGCAGCAGGUUAUAUGAUGAGUCACCACCAUCAGUCCUCCGUUAGCGUGGACCAUUCUUCUCAAUACACCGUGCAAAACUACGAAGAGGUCUCCCAGAACAGUCCAGCUUACCCGGAUCCCCCGAUGUACCCACCUCAGCAAAAUCCGACAUCUUUUGCAGCAGGACCUGCGGCGGCAGCAGCAGCAGCGGCAGGGUACGCGGCGAGUCCUCUACACCCUCAUCAUGCUGCCGUUUACCAUGGUGCUCCUUUCCAGUCGGGAGGCUUGGCUUUCCAGCAACGCCGACGCGGUCCCUUGGAUAAAUUUAUUGAUUUUUGGCGGGAUACAGAGGGGGUCGGCAUGUUCGAGGACUACACAGAAACCAUCGGGAUUUGCCAACACUGCUUUGACCCCAGUUCGACAUCGCGCGACGCACCUCGCAGGCACAACCAUAAACCCCGACGCCGCUCUGCUGAUCGGCACAGUAAUGGCUCGCGCGUUGACAAGGCGAGCCGUUACACGUCGUCGGAGGACGAGGGAAGGCGUCGCAAAAGAUCGCCAAGUAACUCAUGGCUGCCUGGGUUACUUGGUGGAAUUGCGGUUAAAUCUAUAUUCAGUAACAAGGAUUUUGAUGAGACUUACAGUAUCCGAUCAGGUCGGGUGGCAAGCUCUCGGCAUUCCCUGCAUGAAAGUGAGGGCGCAUCCACAUCUGGUCGACGAAGCCAAACCUCGCGUGGCGUAUACAGACGAUCCUAUCAAAGCCAUUCUCGGGAACGUACCGACCACAGCUCUUACCAUUCGGACUCGAAGCUGAGUAGGUAUGAGGAAUCCCGCGUACGCUCCCGCUCACGCUCCCGGUCAUCAUCCAGAGCCCGUCGGCAUGCUGCGCUCAGGGAUGCGGCUCUGGGCGCUGCAGUAGGAACAGCGGUCAUGUCAGAAUAUGAAUCCCGUCACCGAAGCAGAAGCCGCAGCCCAUCCCCUAGAAAGACCAGGGGUAGAAAGACGUCUUCCUCUGAUAAUUCCUUUGUCGACAUCUCAAGACCGGCUCGAAAGUCUGUUGGUGGUGGCUUUAGUUCGUUUUUUACCGCGUCAUCGGAAAAUCGCCGGAAGCGACGGACUAAAAGGCGCAGGAGCAUCUUUUCGUUCCACAAUUCUUCGUCAUCAUCGCUCGAUGCGGAUUUGGCGUUUGGGACUGGAUACGCGAAACGCCAGCCAGGUAAGUCUAAUAGGCGAAGCAAAAAGAAGGCCGAUGAAGAUGUGGAUGCUGCGUUACUGGGACUAGGCGCAACCGCAACAGCAUUGGUGGCCUCGUCCGAGCGGAGUCGUCGGCGAACCGGGGAGAUCCUUGCCGGCAAGGAAUCGCGGUCCGCUCGGUCAGAUUACGAGUCAUCGGCUGCCAACGACGAGGGCUGGGAAGACCUAGACUCUGGAGACCAGUCCUCAUCGAGCGUCAGCUCGGGUCUUGCGUUUGGGGGUAGUGGACUUUUCCCCAGCACUGAUUCACAUUCGUCCGAUUCUGGAACGUCGAGGUGGACUUGGGGAUGGGGAAGUAAGAAGACCAAGAAGAAGAAGAGAAGGUCUCGCUCAUCGGAUAAGCGCUUCCCCGCGGAGGCUACAGUCGCAGCUGGUCUCGGUACAGCCGCCUUAGCUUCGGCGUACAACCGGAGUACAAAGGCGUCUAGCCAGGAUGCCACAAGCGAGUCGGGAAGUCUUCAACAUGUGGCCCCAGUGCCCACCAGUGACCCUUCGCGUUUCGACGCCAUCAAUGUCUCAUCUCUGCCCCCUGCUCAGCCGACACUCGUCCGGCCAGGACCUAUUCCCCUCCAGCAACCUCAACCGGUGACACGGGUCUCACAGUCGGUGUACACUACUCAAGGAGAAUCCAUCCAAGCUUACAGUGCACCGGACGAGCCACCUACCCCCGGAAGCGCUUUCAUGCCCUAUGAAACUCAGUUGCCACAUAUGAGAAGCGACCGGUGGAACCAGAGGUCUGAGGACUACGUUGAGCGAAGCGACAUUUCUUCAAGAAUCAACCGUUCACACCGACGUAGUGACUCCUCUCCCGUCCUUCACACCGAGCCCCUUGAGAGCAUGUCAACAUCAAGCAUCAGACGUCGCUCAACGUUGAAAGAUCAAGCUUCAGUCCAGUUCGACUUGACAGAGGAGCAGGUUGACAAGGAGCGACGUACCAGUCGCCGGGAAAGCUUGAGACGAGAUGGUGAGCGCAGAGAAGGAGUGCAACUUGUAGAUAGAGAGCAGGAGAUGGCACUUCGGGACGCUGAGCGCCAAGCAAGUCGCCAGAGAGAACGCGAAUACGAGAAGUCAAGGACCGAGGAAGAAUAUUCUCGGAGAGAAAGAGAUUCCUCAUCCUGGAUUGGUGCUGCAGCAGCAGCAGGUGCUGUGGGUGUUGCUGCUGCUGCUGCUGCUGCUACCGGGCUGUCCGGGAAAUCCUCAAAUGAUGAUUUCUCGGAGACCGCCAGUCAACGGCGACACGAGGUGCGCCGAGAAAAGCGCCGAGCGGAGAGGCGUCGUGUUUCCGAGUCCGAGUCUAUUUCAUCAAGCCUUCCGAUGUCUGAAGCUGGGAAAACAAUGACCGAGGAGCGCUCGCAGAUGAGCCGCCAGCCAGAGGUUGUAAGGCCCCCGCCAUCUCGUCAGCCUCGUAAAAAGCCCGCUAAGCCCGUUUACGAGGACUAUGCGCAGUUCUUCGCGCCCGAAGAAUUGCGUUACAGCCCUGAUACUUACGCACGCCGAGAGCCUGCUUCGAUGCCAACGAUCGUUGAAGUAGAGCCUGCGAAUGAAGCUUCAGUUGUGACGGAAGAACCGCACCCGGACUUCAGUGGCUUGCCAUGGCCUGUGCCUGGAUUGACCCUUACUGAGCCCACCCCCCCACAAAGUUUGAUUGGCUCCGCCAGGGCGUCGCCGAUCGUUUUGAUACCAGAGCGGCCCAAAGAAGAUAGCAGGUUUGAACGACAAACGACCGGCUCACGCGUGUCCUGGGGCAAGCAUGAGAUGCAUGAAUAUGAAGUACUAUCGACAUCUUCUGAACUUGAAUCAGUGGACCAAGAUACUAGAGACCCUGAGCACAGAGAGCUUGAGCGUCCUACCGCAGGGAAUGUCCAAGAGUACCCGACUAGCUCCUCUACUGACCCCUCGCCUAAGGUCAUACCAAGCAUUGUGGGAGCAGAUAUCGAGUUCGCGGCUGCACUUGCAGCUGCAACUGCAGCUGCAGGCUUUGACCCCUCGCUUGUGACAGAUAACCCCACCUUCCAUACAAGGAGCUCCCCUUCCAUGCCGGAGCCUAAGGUGAAGUUUGUCCCGCCUUGGGAUGAAAUGUCUGUAUCGCGCACGGUGCCUCAUGGAUUUGUUGAAGGCGAAGUUGAAACGCCGGGUGAUGAAAAGGCACCGGUGGGGCCGGAUCACCUCAUUGAGGAUAGUCCCCUCUUUGCUGAGCCUGAGCCUCUGUCUGGUGGCGAGAUCAUAGCACCAGCCCAACAGUCAAUUGCGCAAGAGGUUAUCGAGCAUCUUAGUCGCAGGAACGAGCGCGAUACCAGCGACAGCUUUGACAGCCAGCGAGGCUUGGAGUCCGUCAACAAAGGUCAAGAUAUCGAAUUCCCCGAGGAAGUCCUUUCUAUGCCCGGUGGCUUUGAGCCCGAACAGCCAUCCGAAAAACCAAAGGAGCUGGGUGAUCCGUCCACAAUGCAAGGGGAUGAUUCUUCCUCGAUCGUACCAGCACCCGAAGCGAGAACUGAUACGGCUUCAAAAACGCAAGACAAGUCAGACCAGAGCAGUAGUGACCUCGAAACAAAUGACGACAUCAAUCCAUCCGCAGUCGGCGGCGAAGCAGUUGAAGGAAAGAAGAAGCGACGGAAGAGGCGCUCCAAGCGUAAAAGUGAUCACUCCGAAGACGCGGUUUCCACCACCUCUUCGCCCCCCGCAUUUGGAGAGACCAGUGACAAACGCAGAAGCACGGAUGAGAAGGUGAAGGAGAUGAAACCCGGCGGUUUCUUGAGCAAUCUUUUUGGGUCAAGAAUUUCUGAACCAGUGGAAAGCAAAAGGGCAUCCUCUGCUGAUAGGCGCUCUUCCCGUGAAGUUCAAUCGGAGACUGACUCUCGACGGAGGGAGAAGUCUUCCAGGCGUCGGAGCUCCAGCCGAGGAGACGCACUGGAUGACGAGAACAGCGCAGUUGAGGACAAGGAGAACAUUAACGUUGAGCAUUACAAGUCUAGCCGGCAACGAAGGGAAGAAAGACGGCGACAAAGAUACGAGGACAUGAUGGAGAGUGGUAAAUCGUCGGAGUUUGAGAAGGAACGGGAGCAAUUGCCGGACGACGAGCAACGGUCUUUUUUAGUGGAGGGCCCCGAAAUGCCAGGCAAGGUAGACGAGGAGGGUGAUGAACAGGGUGCUUCGGGGCGGCUGGAGUCUGAGAUUACAGGGCUGGGACUCGUCGAUGUGCUGGAUUCCCGGCCAAGGAGCCGCUCUGCAUCGCUUCCGGCGGCAGAGAGAGCCGUCGAUCCGGGCCCGACGUCUCGCAGUAGACCAACCUCCCCGGAGAUGGCCCGGUAUCAGGAAGAGGACCCAGGCCUGCCAUCCCGGCGGUCGUCGGUGUUCCGGGCCACCGAGUCCCCUACAGCCGUGCCUCUGCACUUCCGCCGGCCACCAACUUCCCCCCGAGUGAACCGGUCCCCUUCCCUCUCUUCAGCCGCGGCCCCUUCCCCCGGCUCUCCAACCCAGGGCCGCCGCCGCCCUGCCUCCACCGAGUUCAAGAAUUCCCGCGAGAUCAGGCCCUUGUGGCUGGUGGAGCGUUUCGGUACUGGCAAGGUGGAUCCCCAGCCCGAUGAGCCCUUGCCUUCCCUGCCAUCGAGCAAGACCUCCUCGGCGAACGCGUCUUUGGAAGACCUCAGGGCUCUGCCCGAUGCCAUGAGGUGGGAAAUGGUUGACCUAAGCCAUCACGUUCAGGGACCAUCUCAGCCUAGUGAUACGGAGAUGUCCCUUACACAGAAUCAGUUAGGGGACGAGUCUCCCAAUGAUGUUCUCGGUUCUGAACAAGGCACCCCCACUGCUGCUACCUUCGGCCAGACCUAUCACCACCCCCCUACCCGGAAAGAGAAAUUAAAUUAUGAGUUCCAUUCGCCCUCCGAGCUUUUGCAAGACCCGCCCAGCUAUCCGGAAUUGCCACCAUCUCCAACGAUGGCCACUCUUCCCUCGGCCGAGGGCUCUGCGGUCGGAGUGAAAGACGAUGCUGAUAGGGAGCGUGUGGUGGAAGCUAUGCCGUCGCUUCCUGAAAUGCGGCCAUCUACACCAGAAGACAAGCCGCCCCAUGCCGAUGAUACUACAGAUACUACGCCAACACAGGCAAAGACAGAUUCCGCAAUGCACGCAUUCAAGUCUGGUAUGGACUCUAGCUUUGUUGAGGUUGCGGAUGCUGUACGUGCAGAUGACAGCGUCCGACUCGACACCCUGGACUCCGAAAAAGGAGCACCCGCAGACAAGGAACAAGGUCUCGAAGACGGCAAGGAUACUGCCCGGACCACUGUGAAUGCAAACAUCCUAGGUGUUGAGGACGAUGCCCCGGACUCGUUAACCUCCGAGAAAGAUCGGUCGGCUUCUCCAAUUCAAGAUAAUGCACCCACGGGGCUUGCAGCUAUUGUCGGAGCUGUUGUGACAGCCGCAGUCGGGUCUGCAACAACAAAGAUAGACGCCUCUGAGGAACUGCAUACCGCUUCGAUCGAUCUGCCCAAGGAUGAUUCUGUUCUCGCCGUGGAUCUGGCGAAGAAGCCGGAAAACUUGCAUUCCGAAAUGCAACCCGACGAACAAGGGUCUUCAGCGUUCACUGAUGAAAGGAAAUCUGAAGAUGUUCCCGAUAAUGCUGUUCCCGAUCCAGUGGUGUAUGAGCUUGAUCAAGGAAAGACAGAUGUCGAGAUGCCUUCCAUCGCAGAGAACGCGGAAGAGGCAUCUGGCGAGUCUCAGGAGCAGUGGCCAGAACAAAGCAGUCCUCAGGUGGUGUCCAAUGCCAGUGACUCGGUAACCGAACAAGCUAGCAAAUCCCUGGACGAAAUCGUUGAAACGCCAGCAGAACCAGACAUUGAGUCAAAGGAGCAACAGAAGCCGGAAAUCUUUAAUGAUGUUGUUACACGGAGCUCAGAGACGGUAGUAUCAGACGAGAUAAGGAGUGCUGACCAAGAAACCGCAACGCAAUCCGAAGAACCGCAAGUUGAUGAAUCGACGCAAGUCUUGUCUGAAGAUGUCACAUGUGGGGCUGGACAGGAGGGGUUGGGGGCAGUUAUGGAAACCAUUACUAUGGACACUACUGGGCCUAACUCAGAUGACACUAAGAAGGCUGCCGAACGAUUUAUUGAGACAGUUUCCGAAGAACUAGGCACUAGUGUGACAGAAGAGACACCGGUCGAAGACACCUCUGGCGGAAUCAAAGAAUCGGAGGCAGAAAAGGCCAUCGCGGAGACAGUGCCUACACCGGAAGUGCCAAUGAAUAAGUCUACAGAAUCAAUUGAGGCCCAGAUUGCAUCAGCGUUGUUCGAGAAAAUGCCCGAAGCUGAGCAACAGGAGCCGGUGUCAAUCAAGACAGAAGAUGCUCCCAGCAGCACGGAGCCCAAAGUCGAAACCACAGCUGGUGUUGUUCACGAUCCUGCGACCGGACAGCCUGAUGAACCUAGUGUCGACGCAACUACACCAUCAGCAUCGUCUAAGAAAAAGAAAAAUAAGAAGAAGAAGAAGGGCAAGAGCGUUGACCUAGGCACUGACGAGGCUACAUCACCACCUAAGGAACCCACGGCAUGUCCUGAAGAUCAAAUGGUAGAAACCGCUCCUGAACCUGCAGAGAUUGAGCGGGUUGCAGAAUUAACAACUCGUGAGCCAGAACCACCUCAAGUGUCAAAACUGGCUGAGCCAAUUCCUUCAACCGAAGAGCUUACUGCCGAAAUUGCCAUUGGACCUACAGAAGCCGAGAAGUUGGAAGAUUCUCCAGUACGGAAGGAGAUAGCUGACGCUACUGAAGAGGCCAGUACAGAAACCGCCCCUGGAUCUGUGGAAGCUGAGAAGGUAGCAGACUCUGAGCCUCAGUUGUCAGCGCUGGCUGAACAAACUACCUUGACCGAAGAGCCCAUUACGGAAUCCGAGAAGCCAAUCGAGUUCGAACUUCAGGGAGCAUCGCCUCUAGAACAAGCCUCAGACCCUCGUGAGACUGCUAUCGAGACUGAGAAGCGAACCGAGCCGGAAAUUCAAGCGGCACAACUGGCUGAACAAGUCCCAGUGCCGGAAGAGCUUCUUGCAGAAACAGAACAAUUGCGACAUUCUGCAGACCCGGACACAUCGGCAACCGAACAGCCUACAGAAGCCAAACAAUCAAAGGAAUCUAUAUAUCAAGAAACGCCUGCAAUGGAACAGCCUACAAUCCUAGAAGAGGAACCGGUGCCGGAGGAGUCCAAGACGCAAGAAAACCUUCAGGCCCCUGAACCACAGCAAAACGCACCGGCGUCUGAAGCCGCACCUGCUGUUGACGUCUUAGAGACACCUUUAGAUGCAACAUCCUCUUCCAAGAAAGCCAAGAAAAAGAAGAAGAAGAAGAGCAAGAGUGCCGCUCCAGACUUAGGCAUCGAAGGACCCUCUGAAACUGAGACUGCUAAGUCGUCUGAAGAACCUGCGGUUACGGAAGAUCCGACCGAGAUUACGGAAGCUUCUGGGGAUCUCGAAGCAGCCAAACUGGCUGAGGAGACUAGCAUUGAGAAAAGGGCAGACAAGCGUGAAGAGUCCAAUGAUGUUGAGAUUAGGGUACCCCUUGACGAAGCUGCUACGGCAGAGGAGGCCAAGCCAAGCGAAGAGCCCGUUGAAACAACAAUGGAGAAUCCUACGGCUAUAGAGGAGGAGUUCAAGCCCUCUGAGGAAGAGGUUGACCUCGAGAAUGCCGAUUCGGCCCAGGCUACUACUCUAGAGCAUCCGGACGAACCUGUAGUGGUUCGUGUGCCAGAAAUGUCGCUGGCUAAUAAUACCACCAGCCAUGUUACAGAAGCUGCAGAAGAAACCAAGGAUUUACAAUCGCCCGAGGAGAUUACAGCUAGUAGCACGGAAGUCGAAUCCACUCAAACAGAGAUCCAGGGCGCCAUUGAAAAUGUCGCAGAGCCGAACGAGCCUGACGCUUUAUUUCCAGAGCGCGAGGCCGAAGAAACAUCUCCGAGUGCUGAUGUGGAAAACGGAACGUCAGGAGAAUGUCCACAGGAAGUUUCCGCUGGCAACGAAGCCGUUCAAUCUAAGCCGAUUGAACUCGAGAGAGCACCAGAGCAGCUGCGCCAAGACGAAGGCAAGGAAACAGAUAUUCAGGCGGUGGAACAGCACAUGGCUAAGGAUACGGUAGAACAAGACGUCGCAGCUGCCCAAGGCGAGUCUCCGAAGGACAACAUAGUACUCGCGGACUUAUCUGUUUCAACUGACCCAGCGCAACCGGCACCUGAGCCUACUGUAACCGGAGAGGAUUCUCGGUCGGCCCCUGUAGAACCAGAGGCUUCCUUGUCACGCAAGAGCAGCAAAAAGAAGAAGAAGAACAGGCGCAAGGGCACCGCCGAGGCCUCUCCAGGAACAGAACAAGCGGAUAUUCCGCAGCCAACUUCGGCUGAAGUCGAGGUAGUCGUCGAGGCUCAAGCUGCGCCUGAAAUUGAAGCUGUGCCGGAAAAUGAAGCUAUGCCAGAAACCGAAGCUGCAUUGGAGACUGAAGCUGUACCAGAAACCGAAGCUAAAGUUGUGCCGGAGACUGAAGCUGUACCUGAGACUGGAGCUGAACCAGCCACAGCUCGUGACGAAGCGCUAGAGCUAAAGCUGUCAGAGGAGGCUUGUGACAAGAACAACGAAGAGCCAAGCCAUGGGCCUGAAGCAGAGGGAACACUGCUAGUUGGGGGCUCAGCAGAGGACACUCAAACAGGCGACUUGGUUGAAGACGUCCGGGAAGACAAGCCAGAAGAGACUGUGGGAAAUCAAUCGAAGAAGAAGAGCAAGAAGAAUAAGAAGAAUCGUAAAUCUUCUGCCCUGACCGACCCUCAGCCUGAACAGCCCGAGGCCACUCAAGAAGAGUCCGCCGAGUCCCCGCUCCUCCAAACAAGCGGUGAAGUGUCAUCCGCCGCCCAGGGCGAGCUCGAGGAGCCCCAACCGGAGGAGGUCGCCGAGGAAUCUCUAGCGGAGCCCCUCGCGGAUGCCACCGUUACUACUACUAUAGAUAGUACUAGUCCUGACUCAAGCCUGCCGGUGGAGAAGCUCGAGGCCAAUGACGACGCACCACAUGUGCCUGAUCAAUCAGCGGUCGAGCCGGCGCCUGGACCCGACCCUGAAUCAGAAGCGGGAAGCUCUACACCGACUGGCAAGAAGAACAAGAAAAACAAGCAGAAGAAGAGACAAAGCCAACCAGCGACGCCCGAUGAGAGCCUGGCACCGGUCGAGCCUGCUUUAGACAAUACCGAUCCUACAAUUGCAAUUGCGGAAGCUCCUCUCGCCGCUGCCGAAGAGUCCUCUGCCCCUGCCGAUCAGGACCAACAGCAGGAAGAGCCAAUCCAAGCCCCAGAAACUGUCAAUACAACUGGGGCUCUGGAAGAGCAAACAAUUGAAGCUCCUGUCCCCAUGACUGCGGCUCAGAGGAAGAAGGCAAAGAAGGAAAAGAAAAAACAACAGAAGCAGCACGCCGAGUCAACUGUCAGCACGCCGACUACUGAAUUUGUGGCGGUCUCCGAGGAUGAUCCAACAUCUGAGUCACCGUCCGAGGAGCCGAGUGCUCCUCUAGAGCCCGAGAUGGUUGAACUUGCUACAGACGACGAGCCAGGAAUAGCCAAAGAGCUCUCUAGAGAGCAACCCAGGGAUGCCGGUACUGAAGACACCGCUUCUGCGACCCCAAUUGCCCAGCCGCCAAGCGAUUUGCCUGAAGGUGCAACUGUAGACUCCACAGCAGUUGAGGAGGUGGCAACGGAGAACACAGAGUUUGUACACCCCGCAGGGGAGCAUAUCAGCGACCUGGCACUCACUGAGACUGAGCCACAGCCUUCAACUAAUAAGUUAUCCGAACCCGAUGUUGCUACAGCUCAGGACCAACAUUUUUAUGCCACUGAAGGAAGCUCUGCAGCUGAAGAGUUGGGUGCGGCGGAGGCGGACACUCUGGCAUCUGAAACCCAAGAUGUGGUGGGAACUACUCUUCCAAGCGACGAGCCCUCACAGGAAAUUGCUGGGUCAAUUGUUCCAGCAGAAGAGAUGCCUGAACUUUCGAGUGAUAAGCCUAGUCGUAAAAUUGAACAAGUUCGAGAAGAGCCUCGAAAAGAGGGAAUUGCUUCUGAAGGUGGCUCCCAGAGUGAGCGCGUGUCUGGAGUAGACACAGCAGCCAUUGGACUUGCCGAACCACAGAACAGCGUUGCUACUGGUAUGGAAACCACUCAGGAAGAAGUUCCAGCAGACAUGGCCAGCAAGGACAGAGGGGAUGAGGCUUCUAGUGCGGAUGUUGGCCCCAUUCAAGAAGACGUUCAAACUUCAUCAACUACGAAGUCGAAGAAGGAGGAGGAGAAGAAGAAGAAGAAGCGUCAAUCAAUUACUACCGAUGAGGUCCAGCCUGUUCCCGCACAAGAAGACGACAGCGUUGAACCGCUCCCUGAGGCAGAAUCAAAGCCAAUCGAUACUUCCGAGAAUGUGGACACCUCUGCUGUGGCCGAUGACAUUGGCAAAUUCGAUGACGCCCUUCUGGAGCUACCUGUAGGGGAAGUCAAGGAGCUUGAGAGUCAACCGACAGAAAUUGUUCAAGAAGCUCCGGCACCAACGUCCAAGAAGAAGGCGAAGAAAGAUAAGAAAAAGCGGAAGUCUGUCUCCUUCGCGGCUGAAGAAUCGACGUUACAACCAACCGAGCCCAGUGAUACUGCGGUGGACGCUAGCGAAACCCCCGAACAGGGAGAUGUGGGAAAGCCUGGAGAUAGUGCUCUCACUGAGCUGAAUCAAGACACCAUCGAUGCCGGACUUGCAGAGCUUCAGGAAACCACGCCAGCUUCCAUGGAGCCGCUCGAAAAACUGCCUGCUUUGUCCGAAGAGAGUCAAGCCAUAGUGACUUCUGCGGUCGGUCCUCAGGAUGAUACGCAACAGUCAAUUGAAUUUACAGCUGAAGACCAAGUCGACAAGUCAGAAGGUCAACUAGGCCCCCAUGAAGAACACCUGUCGUCAACAGAGGCCGACCCCACCCAAGAAGCCCCGAGCUCUGACUCAAAUGCAGAUGCUUCUAUUACUAUUAAGGACGCUGGGGAAAGCCACGAACUGGAACAGGAUGCAGGAGUUGCUGAGGCGGUUGAAACAUUACAGACCGAAGCUAGUCCAGACGCCGAUAUUGCGCAGUCUCCUAUCGCGGAAAAUGAUCCUCAAACUGUCACUGGUAAUGCUGAACAAGAGGCUGGAACCACCAAGUCUAAGAAGAAAAAGAAGAAGAAGAAGAAGAGCACGACCGGAGAGGCGAUUGAAGACGCUGAUGCAGCGGUCGCCGAUUCUGGCAUCAACAAUGCCCCGAGCGAACCAGUCACUUCCGUCGAACCCGAUACUCCUGCUGAGCCUGAUACUCCUGCUGAACCCAGUGCUUCUGCUGAAACCAAUGCUCCUGCUGAAUCCGAGAUUCCUGUCGAACCUGAAACUGCAGUUGAGCCUGAGACGCCUAUCGACACUACCGCCCUUGACGUGAAGGAAUCAAAUGUAUCCGAGGACAUUGCCCAACCACCAGAGAAGCUCGAGGAUGAUCCCCCUCCCAUGUCAGCCAAAGCGAGGAAGAAGGCAAAGAAAGAAAAGAGACGCCAGUCCAAAAUUCUAGCCGAUGCUGUGGAAUCUGCCGCGGAGCUGUCUCAAACAGCUGCUGCGGAAGAGACUCGUAAUUCGAGCGAGGUUCAACUUCCCAGCGAAACCAAGUCCGCGGAACCAUCGCUCGAAACGGCGCAUAUACCUGCUGAAGAUGACGGUAAAGACAAUCAGUCCCACGGCACCGAAAACCACGGCAAAACCGAUGAAGAUAUGAUUUGGACUGAUGACAUGGUAUCUCCGCAGGUAGAGCAAGAACGAGCGACUUCAUUCGCUUAUCCACCCCAACUCGAGCCUGAGAAAAGCGAAGGCGACCCGGUUUCCUUUCCCUCCGACGAAGGUCACAUACCCGCUGAGCUGGACGCCAAUGUGCCAAAUCAAAGUGGGCCGUCAAUAAUCAACGAACUGAAGGAAUCGGGUGAUGUACACGAGGUCUUCGUCAAAAAGCCUGCUGAAAGUAUGGAGAAGGCCAAUAACGGGACUGGGGCACCAUCAAUGCAGGCGGAAGGAAAAAUCAGUAGCGAGAGAAUUGAGCCUGAAGCUAUCGAUCAGGAGACAAUAGGGGAUACGGAGCAGCCACCGAUCGAGGAGGUUGGGGAGAAAGACGAAAUAACUGCCAAUGACGAACAGUCACUUGGUACGGAAGGGAGAAAGGGGUCAGUGAGCGACACUCCGGGUAUGGGUGCAGAAGCAUUCAUACAAACAUCGGAAACUAUGCAGGAAGCAGUGUCAACUGAAAAGGCACCUGAGAUGGCAUCUCCCACAACUGAUGCGCCAUCAAAGAAGAGAAGCAAAAAAGAGAAAAAGAAACAGCGCCAGGCACAACAGGCAGCCAACAUACAGGAAUCUGAGCAGAGUGCCGCAACACAGGACAAUGAGCUGGCGACGGAUACAGUCCCUCCUGACGACUUGCCAAAGCCCACAACAUCAAGCACAGAGCCUGUUCUGGUUCUAGAUGCACCACUUGAGCGGGCCGUGUCGCAAACGAAUGAGAAUGAGGCAGCAUCAUACGAUUCCGAGGCAAUUGCCACUGCUGAGGGUCAGGGAGACGAGAUGGACGUCCUGAACGGGCCCCCAGUUGAGUCUAAUCUCGAUGAUAACGUGCAACCACCAUAUCCUGCAACUACUAUGGAAUCUCCCAAGGGAAACACACCCGAGGAAUCUGCUAUUCUCGAGGCUGUUAUUCCGGAGUUUGCUGGGGCAGAAGCCUCAACCGAUACUUGGAAAAUGCCAAUCGAUCCCAUUGCCAAGAAGAAAAACAAGAAAAAGAAAAAGAAGGGUUCCGUUCAAGCAGAAGAGAAAUAUGAUCCACAGGAGGUAGUUGAAGUCCCUGUUCGGAGCGAAGCAGCCCCAGAAAAUCAGGUUUCCGCCUCACGGGAAAUGACAGAAACACCUUCUGAACAGGCUUACAAACCCGGAGAGUGCAAAGACGAAUUGCAUGCCAUGCGAAAUGAUGCUGUCCUAGAAGAAAAGCCUAGUGAGCCAGCUGCAGAGACUGAGCCCGCCACUUCGUAUGACGAGACUCUCGAGCAGACACCAGACGCUCUGGAACCACCAGCUAUGCUGUCAGAGCAAGCGUCUCAGGACAACGAGCUCAUGGGUGACAACAAUAUCAUCCCAUCUGCUGCCGAAGCAACAGCUGAGGUUUCGAGGGAAAAUGUUGAAGGGGACACACCUCCGGAGACGUCCACUACUCGCAAAGAAUCCAAGAAGAAAAAGAAGAAGGCAAAGAAACAGACAAAGGAAGAGCAGGAUGCCUUGACACUUACUCCAACUGAAGGGACAGCUGCCACGGAGAAAGGUGUAGACGAGUGGACAGACAUUCCUACUUCCGCUCAUAUUCCUGUUGAAGAGCCGAGCAAUAUCGUCGAAGAAAUGCGGGAGAAGGAAUGGGAAGGUCGCACUAUGCAAGAUGGUGAAAACGAGGAACGAUUUGAGACACCGCAGGUUGAGGAGGUAGCAGAGCUUACAGCAGAGGGAUCUAACCAACUCAAAGAGUUGCCGGGUGUAGAAAGUCAACAUAUGAUGUUCCAGCACGAACAUGAAGGAAAGGCCAGUGCAGGGUCAGCCACUGAAACGCUGGAAGAAAAGGGUGGCCCUGAGACUGUUGAAGAGUUGCCAGACAUACUUCCGGAACAGGCAGAUGUCACACUCCCCUUGGCAAAGAAGCUGUCGAAGAAAGAACGGAGGAAGGCUAAGCAGAAGGCCGAGGAGGAGUUUGUUGAGUCAGCACAACAACCGCAACCAGAAGUCGAAGCUAGUGCUGCUGAGGACCUGAACUUAGUCCAGGAGCAAGUCACUGAAUCAUCAGAUACACUGGCUGCUGCACAGCCGAAGGAAGAUGGAGUCCCUUCAAAAUCGCUCUCUCGGAAAGAAAAAAAGAAGAAGCGUAAGGGGAACCAAAGUCUUGACGACAAAGUUUCAGAAUCCAGGCCAUCCUACAAGCAGGACGGCAGUCCUUCAGCACAGAUGACCGGGACUCCGGCUUGGGAGCAACGCACACAAGAUGACGACUCUUGGCCUACAAUAGACUGGGAGAAGAGCCAGGUUGAUUCUACAGAACAAUCACCCGAUUCGUCUCCCGAGGCUCGUCCAAUUCCAUUCGAGCCAGGCAUUGCAGAGUUUGAUGAGUCUGCUACACCCGAAGGUGUGACCCGGCGUCUAAGUGUAUCAGCUGCAGCCAAAAAAGCAAGACAAGCCAGGGCAUCCCAACAUAAACCAGGCGAAAAGGGACAAGCUCCCUCUGAAACAACCGAUGGCAGCCCUGGGCAAGAAAUGGAGACGCGGAGCAUGCUUGAGGAAGGUGCCACUACUAUUGAGCCAGCGUCAGAGCAUACCGUACGCGAAAUGGGAAGCUCUGGUUUGGCGAAGCCAAGCACCGAAUCCCUUGGUGCAGAAGCACAUCAGCAAAGCAAGGUUGCUAGCAUCUUUCCUGAACUGGAGCGAGGAUUUUUCCGUCGACCUGCGCUAGUUGAGGCGUCCGGGUCAGCAAAAGAUGGGGCUGAGGAAGAGACUAUUGACAGGGAAGCGAAUCGCGACAGCGAGAAAGUCUUGGAAGCGCCCAUCGCUACCACGGCCGACUACCCUUCGUCGGCGCAGGGUGAUGUUAAACCUACGGAACAGGAUCAUUCAGAAGAGUCUACAUCAACAGAGCCUGAGCUGCAUCCUACACCUAUCGAGCCUGUGCUUGAGGUUGAAGCAGACCCCUCAUAUAACGUGUCUGUUCUUUCGGACGGGCCAAAUGAGGAACCCAGGCAAAUUGACAUACGGUGGGGGGAAGACAAGAAUAAAGAGACUCCCGAAGACAUUGAGGCUGAAGCAUCGGGACCCAAACUCUCCCCUCACGACGAGGCUCCUCUGUAUGCUCCGUUGCCCAUGCAUGAGCGACAAUCGGUACUUGUUCGAUCUUCACCCCGUAUCGAUACGGAAAUCGAGCAACAACCAUCACGGUCUAGCCCGACGUGUGAGCUACGGCGCAGCCCGUCCAUCCAUGGACGACAUAACCAUCCACCGCGGCCGUGGUCGUUGGAGGUUGAGCCAAGCACUCAAGCACGGACGCCCUCGCCACAGCCGCCACUCCUCAAAGGAUCACCCGGGGUGGAUCGGGAGACAGUGUCACCUCCGCGGACGCCAUUGCAAACGAUUGACGAGGAUGAGCCAAGAGGUCGAGCAGAGCGAUCCACUGGCGCAAGAACCGUGGGUCACGGACGCGGCACGCCCCGUCUGGAGAUGAAGCCCGAGCAUGUGCUUCCUCGUCCCGAAACCCCGGUCCGGAAGUUUACCGACAACGCGUUGGCACGUCAGACCUGGCCAACCCCGGACAAGGACACGCUGUUGUUGGAUGAGACGGCGGACGUGGAUGUCAAGAAGCGUAGUAGACCCGAGAGUCGAGUGGUAGACAGCGCUUGGGCGGCCGAGGUGCUCCGGACGCCGGAACAGGGCAUGCCGAUUCUGCGGCCGAGCAGCGUGCGAAGUGUGCAGAGCGUGCAGAGCGUGCAGAGCAUCCAGGAGCUCACACGGUCGCUGCGGCGCAGUUCUCGCAGCGCCAGCGGCGAUUUGCGGGCGGCGGCCAGUCAAGGGCAGUCGGGCGACGACCAAUCAGAGCGCAAGGCCCAGCCUCCCGCUUCUUCUGCGUCGGCGUCGGCGUCGGACCUCAACCUCGAGCGCAUCGCCUCUUCUUCCUCCUACGACCCCGUCACGGACAAGGGCAAGCGCCCCCUUCGAACCAUGACGGAUGUCUACGAGGGUUGGGGUGAGACGCCCAGCUCGCCCCGGUCGCCUAGCCGACCGCCCAGCAUCCGCCACCGUCGAAGCAUGCAACAUCUACAAGAACUCGAGAAUCGUCUCGACCGACUCAUCUCCGAAAAUCGCCUUCUGGUAGCGGCCCGAGAUGAAGCGGAAGAUAAACUCCGGAACGUCAGCGUCGCUCGACGCAAGAGCGACCAUGCACUUAACAACCGCGACGCCGAUUUGCGUGACAGAGCCGCCGAGGUUGAACAAUUGAAGAGCUCGCUGGAGUGGUUCCAGAAAGAAGUGGCCCGGCUGACGGAAGAGAACGAGGGGUUGGCAAACACAAGCUCUCACCUCACUGCCACCCACGCGCAGGAGGUUCAGGUGAUGCAGGACACGUUCAGUCGUCAAGUCGACGAAAUGCGCUCGGAGAACCAACAGCUGUCGGCGGAAAUGCACGAUCGAGUGCGACAAGAGGUGGAUACGGCGUUGGCACAAAAGGAUAUGGAACUACGACGGCUGCGGGAGGACCUGGAGACUGCCCGCGACAAGGUGAAACAGCUACAACAACAGAUCGCAGCGGCCAUGCAAGACGACGUCCUUGUCUUCCGCGACGAGGACUACUUUGACGCUGCGUGCCAGAAAUUAUGUGGUCAUGUGCAGCAAUGGGUCCUCCGUUUCUCCAAGCAUUCCGAUCAUCGUCGCUGCCGCAAGCUCGGCGACCUACAAGAUGAAAAGAUCGCCGACCGGUUCGACAAUGCCAUCCUGGAUGGUUCCGAUGCAGAUACCUACCUCGCCGACCGGGUUCGUCGCCGGGAUGUGUUCAUGUCUGUUGUCAUGACAAUGGUGUGGGAAUUUAUCUUCACCCGAUAUCUGUUCGGCAUGGAUCGCGAGCAACGACAGAAGCUCAAGUCUCUGGAGAAACAACUGGCCGACAUUGGCCCGCGCAGCGCUAUCCAUCGGUGGCGAGCCACUACCCUGACUCUGCUCUCGAAGCGGCCCACUUUCUUGAAGCAGCGUGAGAGCGACACCGAAGCUGUGGCUCUGGAGAUCUUCGACACCCUGUCGCGUCUCCUCCCGCCACCGACCAAUGUCGAGGCCCAGCUUCUAGACUCCCUCCGCAAGGUGCUCCGGGUCGCGGUCCACCUGUCUAUCGAGAUGCGUACGCAGCUAGCGGAAUACAUUAUGCUGCCGCCACUGCAGCCCGAAUAUGACACUAACGGGGAUCUUGCCCGGCAGGUCUACUUCAACGCCUCCUUGAUGAAUGAGCGCAGCGGUGAAACGAUCUCGAAUGACGUGCUGGAAUCGCAGCAGGCGGUGGUACGGGUUGUUCUGUUCCCGCUGGUGGUAAAGAAGGGCAAUGACCGGGGCGAAGGCGACGACGAGGUGGUAGUCUGCCCGGCGCAAGUGCUCAUUGCCCGGCCCAACAAGGACAAGAAGGUGGUCAAGAUGCUCAGUGGUGAUCGCAUGUCCCUGGAUACGUCGAGAUCGGUUCACAGCAUCGCCCCGUCCUCGACCAUGGACAUGAGCAAUGUGAUUUGA